UACAGCCUCGUUUAAAGUAAGAUUUUACCUUCAUUGAGCGAGGCCUUUCCUCCAUUCCCUUCACACACGUUUUUCAUCAUAAAACGUGCUGCUGUGACUGAAGAUUUUACAUAAAAAACAAGAAAGUCUCCAACCAACUGUAAUAAUUGCAAUUACAAAUUUGAUGGCAAAAAAGACAAAAUAAAAAUGUGUCCUAGAUAACUUAUAUUAAUAUAAAAACAGCUGAGCUGAAACAGUAAAAACAUAUAUAGUCCUCAAAGCCUUUUCAUAUCUGGAGGGUUAAAGCUAAUAGAAAUGUCAAACGAGCAGAAAUGAGGUUCAGAUUUAAGUUCGGCUGAGAAUAAAAACAGAAAGAGCGGUUGCAGUAACCAGCAGCUACCAGCAGGUGGCACCAACUGCCCGUUGAACCGUCUGUUCAUUUACUUACUCCCUACAGACUUCCGGUUCUUUAAUUAAACGUUGAGGCGAUUAAACGAACUAAAAGCUUUUCUUGUGGAAUCAUGGGACAGCCUCGUCUCAGCUCUAUGACGACAGCGAGUCCUUAAAACCAACCAGACAAAUCAGGACUUGCCUGAUUUUUAAAACAAGUAGCACGUUAUGAAUGGAGAAUGACGAAUAAAAGUAAACGAGUGACAUACAUCAACUGAGCGUGGUUAUCCAAUCCUGAAAUAUUCUUAACUUGCUCUCUGCUUUAUCUGCCAAUAACUGGAGACUUUUAUUUUGAAAGCGCCUCCGGGACCUAUCCGGUUUGCUGCUGAGCUUGACGCAUCGUUCAGCGCGCGCCUUGCGGUAACAGACCUCAGACUUCACGCAGAGCGCGGAGACGCAGGAGCGAGCAGAGAGACGCGGAAAGGAGACCAAUUCGUCUCCGCGUGGAGCCCCGCCGCUUCCGGGAGGCUCAUGGAGACCGGAGCCCUGCUCGUCCGAACCGGACGCCGUUCACCGCAGCAGCUCCGUUAGGUGUUCUCCAUCCAGGACUAACUGGUUGACCAAUGGCUCCCAAACAUGCGCUCCUCUCCAGCAGUGGCCCCGGGGCCUGGCGAGGGACUGGCAGAACACAAGACUGUUGUUUCCGGGUGGCACGGGUCCUGAACGCGGGCGAUGUGUCCGUCCGCUCGCCCAGGAACGGGAGCAGGUUGCGGGUUCCGAACGGCAUGCUGGCCCGGGUGUUUGUGAGCAUCAGCGCGGUGCUGAUCUUGAUGAUGCAGAGCUGCGAGGCUGCUGAAGCGGCUGAGGAGGAUCGUUAUCUGUUGACCGACUCACCUCUGGACCCCACGCUGCCGCCCGGCCUGAUUGCAACUCCUUGGUUGAGAUACGGAGCUCACGUUGAAGACAAAGAUGCUCCCGUCGUCGGGCCCGAGGCUGGUCCCGGACCUUGGCCCGAGGGAAAAGUGUUUGCUGAGACGAGGACAGCAGUCCAGACAGGAGCAGGAGCAGGAGCGCGCUCUCCAGCGGGUGGAAACGUCUUCGACGGGGCUGGGAUUAUGACCGAAACUCGUGCUUGGGCCGAAGCCAGUUGGAGGCCCGUCGAGGCAGAAAGGGACGUCCUGCGAGGCACACCCGGAGACCCAGCUUCCAUGCUGCGGCGGGAGACAGGCGAGGAGGAGGCCUUCUCAUCAGUUCUUUCCUCGCUGACAGAGACGAGCGAACUGCAGACGCCCACAGUGAGAAAACCGAUAGGGCUGCUAUCUAAAGCUGCUUGGACCAAAACCUUGUCUCCUUCAUCAUCCAAGGCCUCCUCCUCCACAGCAAAAGCAUCCUCCUCACCCUCCUCUUCCUCUUCCGGCUCUCCAUCUAGUAAAGCAGACAAUCGGACAGCAGCAACAACACAUGGAGACAACAACUCCUCCAGCAACAACAGUUUUGCAGAGGAGUCUGUGAGCAGCCUGCCGGCCUGGGAUCUGCCCACUGUGCCUGAAUCUCAGCUGUCCACGGUGGGCGACCACGACAUCACGCUUCCUGCUAACAUCACCAGCCCUUUCUCCACCCACCAGUGGAACACCACCAUGCCGAUCCAUCCCAGAACCUCCUUGCGGAACACAACCACAGCAGCCACCACCAUAAAAACAUCUCCGUCAGCCACUGCCACCACCUCCACGCCGUUGUUCCCCACCACAGUGAAAAUGCCACCAGGAACCACUACGGUGUGGCAAAAUACCAGCAAGGACGCCACAACCAGCGACAGCCUCAAGCUGACAACGGUUACCACGACAACGCCUUCAACGACCAGCCUAACGGUUAUGAGUGCAGAGGCGACGACGCAGGUGCCGACCAUUGAUAGCUCGGCAACCCUACCAGCAAACGCCACGACGGCUACAACUGAACAGGAAACGACAAGCCUCAGUGAAACAACAGCUACACCUCUGUCUACAACCAUGCAGACCCCCACCACAACCCCAACUACAACUGUUCCUCCAACCACAACCACCACACCAACUACCACCACCACCACAGCAUCAACCACUACCACUACUACUACUACUACUACUACUACUACUACUACUACACCUGCCACCACCACCACCCCUACUACUACCACCACUACUACUACCACAACAAAGGAACCUACAACCACUGUGUUCGUCCCAGCCCAAACCACACCUCUUCUGACUACAACCACAGCAUCUCCCUCCACCACCAGCGCCGAGGACAUCCAUCUUCCAUGCAACGUGACUGAGAAGUUCUGGGUCAAAACAGUUCUGUCCAUUGAGCUUCGCCGGAACCAUCUGGACCUGAUUCUGAAACAGAACCUGUCGAAAGGACUGAGCCAUGCCCUGCAGAGGGCCCUGAACGAUUCCAGUGCCAGCGCUCAGUACUGAGGUUUGUCGGGCCGACGGACAACGUCUUCUCCUGCGGCUUCGUCCGGAUGUUGGAGCAGCGGCUGGAGAACGCCUUCGAAGAGGCUCAGGAUAAAGUCCUGGAGACCUACAGCAGACUCACCGUGGAGAUCCUGAGUGUGUCCCAGGAGCCGGGCUCCCCCUCCGUUUCUCUCGUUUAUUUGGUGAAAAACCAGGACGCAGUUCUGAACGGGACGAUCUCCAGCGGUCUCCUCAACCAGCUGACUGCAGAGCUGGUGGGAUACUUCCUGUUCUACCCUCCGCUGGUCAUCGCCGAGCCUCUUGAAUACCACAAUCUGAACACGUCUGCAGUGACCAGGAACUUCUGGGUGAUCACAGUGAUCCAGGAUGUAGACAGCUCCUCUCUGGAGGCCAACUACCAGAGCUUUGCUAGUCUGAUGGAGCAGCGGCUGGCCGAGCUUUUCCUGGUAGCGGGCAGGCAGGGCCCUCAGACCGCCAGAUCCCGGCGGGCCACCACUGUGGGCGGCUACACCGUGCAGAUGGUGAGCAUGCGUCGGCUUUCAGGUCCGAAGAACCCGGCGGAGAUGACCUACUACGUCCAGCUGAACGGAGAGCCCAUGACAGGAGCCGUCGCUGCGAAGACCCUCAGCAGUCUGGAUUCCCAGACCAUGGCUCUGACUCUGGGGUACUUCGUACAAGUUCAGGCUGAACCUGUGGUAAAGACGCCGCCCGGCAACCUGUGGAUCAUGGCCGUUCUGACGCCUCUCUUCUUACUGAUGGUCGUGAUCGGAAUGGUGGCCUUCAUCGUCUGUAAGAGGAACCGGGUCAUUUUCAAAACGGGAGCAUUCAGGACCUUCAAAAGCCGCUCCAAGACGUCAUAUCGAAGGGAGGGCAGUUACCACCACCAGCCUGUCCAGGGCUUCGACUACGCUAAGAAGCACAUGGGUCGAAAUGAUGAGACCAUCUCGGUUACCAAGGAGACACUGGUUUCAGGGCUUCCUGUUCGAGACGCUCCGCUGUUGCUUUCAUUGGAUAAAAAAGUCCUUCAGGAAGGGACGGCAAAUAAAAGGCCUCCAUCUGCGGAUCUUCACAAAGGAGGACAGUUGCCAAGCGAUGAGGACGGCUCAGUGUCGAGCAACAGCUCAGGGAAGCAGAACACCAGCAAGAGCUCCUCGGCCCGGAGGACCGCAACUGGCAGCAGCAGCAAAAACGCCAAGGAGGAGCUGCACAAAAGGGGCACCAAUGAUCUGUACGAAGACCACUCCAGCUCUCUGCGCCUCAUCACCAUUAAGCCCAUGACGGCCCAGCCGACCUACUCCUACCCCUCGUCCUCGUCACACAGCCAGGACUCCGUGGUCGUGAAUGGGGAGGCGAAUCACGUGGGUCUAAAACAGAAGUCGGACAUCGAGCACUACAGGAACAAACUGCGCCAAAAGGCCCGGAGGAAAGGCUACGGAGAGUUCUCCCUCUCCGAGAGCCUGAACCACGGCUACGGUCACCGAGAUGGCAGACACCAUCGACUCGAGAAUGGAGGCAAAUCGCCGAUGACCGCUGAGGAGAAAAGGGCCUCGUUUGCAGGAUGCCACAAGAGGUACUCCCACCCGCGAGAACCCACCUACUGGAGCCGACAGUCCCUGAGCAGCCCGAGUCCGGUGGAGACGGAGAUGGACCUGCUGGUACUCAGGGAGAGAUCCAGGAGAGGCAUCCGCAAUAACGGCUACGACGGUGAACCGGAACCGUUUGAGGAGACCAACAUGGACCGUUUGAUGAGCUCUCUGGGUUAUGGAGGUGGAUCCACUGGAACUGGGAACGGCAGCUUAGGGGUGAAAGCUCAUCGCGGCUCCGACUCCUCCACACUCAGCUCGCAGCCAUCCAUUGACGAGGUCCGCACGCAGAUGCACAUGUUGCUAGGCAACACGUUCAGCCUGGCGCCUCCGGACCAUGACCCCCCCUCCCCUCCAGCCAACCAUCACCACCGCCAUCACCACCACCACCAUGCUCACAGUGCCUACAACCCGUCCCGCACCAGCCACUACAGCGACGGGGUGACCAGCGCCCCAGGGACCAUGAACCACCCCUGUGGGGGCCGGCAGUGGAGCGCGGGCUACGAGGACAUGCACCAGUGUAGCCUCCCUAAACCAGGGUUCCGCUUCACCCAGCUCCCUGAUUUGAGUAUCGGCUCUCCUCCUCCACUAAUCCCCUCCAGACCAGGACCUCCACCCGGGACCUCAAUACGAUGUAACAGCUCCACCCCUGAUGUGAGUCUGAAGCCCCGCGUGUCCGAAGCCUCGGAGCACAACGGCGCCCCCUAUCUGCCGCUCUCCAGGACGCCCUUCCCUGCUGUCUCUGUGGACCAGUCCAUCAGCACCUACUCAGGAAAUCCAAUAACAGCGGUCUACGCCAUAUCAGCCAACCGUCCAGGCUACUCAGAUUACAUCGUCAUGUCUCCGCCGUCCUCGUACCGGAGCCCGUCCUGGAUGUCCUACCCGCCUGAACCCGAGGACCUGCCGCGGCAGUGGAACGACACGCCUAACUCAUGUCACCUCGAGACCAUCUGCUGAAACCCACCGGCAGCGAUACCGAGCCGAAACACUCGGUGUCUCUCUGGCUGCACAGACGACCUCCUUCCCCUCUCAGACCUCCCCUUCCUCACAGCUCGUCUCUUCGUCCCAGAAUCCUUUGUCUUUUACCGACGAGAACCUCGCCCGUACUCCUCUCUGUUCUGUAAUCUGAGCACCGAGCCUCGCCGGUCCCUUCUGGCUCUUGUGGAUCUGUAGCUCCGACAUCGACUGCCUCUCCUGUGAAGACCGGUGCUGUACAGCUGGAGGCCCGUCACACUGGUGUUUGGAUCUGAGUCCAGAACAACGUGACCAUCGUGCAGUAGCUGCCGUCCUCCCGGCACUCCAUGGCCCUCGGUUAUCAGUACAUUACUGCCCAGGCCAAGACCGGUGCUCCUCAUCUGAGCUGAGGUGGACCGGACCGGACCCCGAGGUCCACCAUGAAGCCAGGACAGCUGAGCGGACUUUAAACUGUGCGUUUUUCAUCCAGAUCCCCGUGUAGACCUCCUACAGCUGGAGAUUAUGUGUCAUUUUAAUCUUGAGUGAGAAAAACAGAAAAACUGAAAAAAAAAAUCUCGUCUUGAGUCGUCUCAGUUUUAGUUUUUGAAUAUUUGUGUGCUUUCGUCUUAUACUUUUGUGCAUUGAUUAUUAUCAAUGGAUUAAUGUACAAAAUAGCUGGGGGGGUGUAAGUGCUGCUGUUUUAAGACGAGAAGGAUGUUCUGCUCUCGGAGGCGGAGAAGGUUGUGAUUAUGAUGGAUUUUCUAUCAUUUUAAAAUCAAUUCUUUAACUUUUCCUUCAACAGACUAAAGAAAAGAAGAGGCAGUGUCUCUCUUCUGUCGAACGCCUGAUUAGGAUGUCUGUUCUGUUUGUGCGACUCCACCAAAAACAGACGCUCUGCUCUGGAGGAGCCACGCUCCGAGCCGCCAGACGGCUUCUGUACUCUGCUGUAAUAAAAAACAGAUUUAUUCACCUGAGCCUCUGAGGACGAGGCUCAGGUGAGCCUCGUCCACGUGUUCAGCUGUAAAUAGCAGACUUAACAAAAAGAUUUAUGCAAGUAGUUCGGGUUGGAAGCUUUGCUCGACGUUUUCCCGACACCACUUCCCUCCCUGCUCCGCAUUAGUGAUGAAGAGACUGUCUCUGGGACCCCCGGAGGGCGGCGCGCGCUUCAGCAUCAGCCGGCGUCUCACAACCGUUUCAAAGCAGCGAGUCGUGAGUCGAGUCGAGUGCAGCUGCAGUGUUUUUAACACGUCGCCAAUAGCCAUAAAAUAGCGGAACUGAUGCAAUAUUUUAAUACGAAGAAUGUCGAAGCCUAAAUUUUCUUGUUUUUACUGAGAGGACUGGCUGUGUUUGAAGCUUCUGGUCGUUUAGGUGUUAGUGAAGGAGAUUAUAGCCAUAUGUUAACAUCAGUUAGUGAACAGAUUAGGAUUAUAGAGUCUAAAACUAAAACCUGAAACCAAAAUAAGUAAUAUGGCAACAAUGCUCAGUAUUUUGUUCUAUUUGAAGCUAAAACUGCUUUAAAUCCACUGAAACUACUCAGACAAUGAAGGACUGUCGUCUUCUUCCACUUCUGGCUUCUUCCUCCUCUUUUUGCUGUCGUUUGAGUUUUAACCGAAAGUAAAGUUAUGGUGCGAGAUGACGGAAGUGUAUGAUCAGUGCUUUGAGUCGUCACUGUCACCCCAAACAUGUCCACGCCACCCUCGCCGUACGGCCGUGUCGCCGUCUUUCCGCUCCAGAUGCCUUCAGCAAUCAGGAGUUUUGGGUUAUUUUCUAUUUAUUUUGCUGUCUGAUGAAACUUUGACUUCAUGGUGGUGCUGAUGAUGGCAACGAUGAACGCUCAUGGAUGUAAUUAAGAUGGUUUUUGGUGAAUUUAAACAAUAAAUACAAACUAGAAUGGUG